AUGAUAGAGCAGUGGCCAGAAAGCUCUCGUUUGUACAGAUUUGUUGCAGAUCCACCUACAACAACUCUUCAGCGUGUGAAGGCUUUAGUCACAGGUUCAUUGCCUACUUUUAUUGAUGCUAGUUCUAAUUUUGCAGCUAUGGAAUUACAAGAAGACAAUUUGAUUGAUCAGGUAGUAAAAAGUGGAGGUAAAGCAAUACUAUUGGGAGAUGACACAUGGUCUCGCUUGCUGCCAGGCAGAUGGCUUCGAUCACAUGCUUUAUAUUCAUUUCAUACUUGGGAUCUUGAUACAGUUGAUAAUGAAGUGGACUCUAAGAUAUAUGAAGAAAUAAAGAAAGAUGAUUGGGAUUUACUUGUGGCACACUACCUUGGUGUAGAUCAUGCAGGACAUAGGUAUGGCCCCAAUCAUCCAGAGAUGGCAAGGAAGUUGCAGGAAACCAAUGCAAGACUCCAGAAAAUAAUUGAUAUACUUCCUUCAGAUAUGCUGCUUUAUGUCAUUGGUGACCAUGGAAUGACAGACUCAGGUGACCAUGGAGGUGAAAGUAAAGCUGAGCGUACUGCAGCGAUGUUUGCAUAUAGAAGGGCAGGUCUUGGUGUACAAGAGGAAGAUAGUAUUGGUAGGGAAGUGCAGCAGACAGAUCUGGCUCCAACAUUAAGUGCCGCUUUAGGACGACCUCCACCAGCGCCAUCUCUAGGAAACUUAUUGUUUUCAGUAUUACCUAAAAUGUCUCUGCCUGUGACAUUGUUGCACCUUAGUAAUAAUUUAAAACAGAUAACAAAAUACCUAGUUCGCUAUGGUGAGGAAUCGCAACAGGUACCUUUAGAUAAACUGGCUUAUCUCAUCAAUACUACAAGAGACCAAAUAGAGAAAGCUGCUAAAAUUGAAAGUGAACAAGAUCUCAAGAAGUAUGCUUCUGAUGUUAGGGCCUUAAUGGAAAAUAUUCGAGUUGUCUUCAGAGAAGUAUGGGUUGAGUUUGACUCACUCUCCAUGCUCAGAGCCCUACUAUUGCUCCUGUUAGCAGUUUUCUUUAAUUGGUUGAUUACUGAGGGGAUUCCAUUUGAGCGUAUUUCUAACAUAUUUGCUAGUACUUUUGUGCCGAGUGGUUUAAUAUCAAUGGCGAUCUGCAUUGCCGUGUGUUACACAGCAUAUUACUUCAAAAACUUAAAGGAUCUCGAGCAUUCGGUCAUUUUGAGCACUGGUUUAAUAUCUGGUGGGAUGACUUGUGUGCUAACGAUCAUGCAUUGGGAUGGGAUCGCGCAGAGAUGGUACGAAGGCAGGGCAUACUUCUACGAAAGAUGCUCAAGAGCAGCCUUAGUUGCUUCAGCUGUAGUCCUAGUUUCUAACAGUUAUGUCAUUGAAGAAGGGGCGACUCUUUCCUUUUUAACAAUCACUGUGAUAGGUCUAAUGGCUUGGAACAUCGGUACUAUCAAAGCAUUAGUGCUAUGGAUCGGUUGUGGUAUUGUUUUAGCGGGUACUAGGCUGUACCGUGGUUGUAGGGAAGAGCAAGGUGAAUGCUGGACAGCUGGUGAAAGUAUCUCAACUGGCCAAGCCUCAAGAGCAGCAUUAGUAUUAGCUUUAGGGUCCGUGUCAGCUAUUGUAGCUGUUGCCAGACGUCAUACUGGAUGGCGGGGAUACGGGAUUGCUCUAGGGGGGAAUAAAGAUGGACGGGGUGCAACAUUACCAUUAGUAAUACUUGGUUUACUCCUCUAUCUUGCUAACGUUCUGGUGCUGGGGGCCAGUUAUGCGCCUGCAGCCGCUUUAUCCCUCCUCUCGGGUUUUCUGGCGCUUAAUAUUGUUUCUUUAUUAAAGACUGAUGGAUCAUCUAAAUAUUCCUUAAAUGCGCGUUGUAACUCAAGUGUGGCAUGCUUAUGGGCUCUGCUAGCCUGUUAUAAUUUCUAUGGUACUGGACAUCAUGCAACAUUGAGCCAUAUACGAUGGGCGCCAGUAUUUCAUGCUGGUGACCCAAACUAUGUGUCCUUUGGCCCGGUUAUAACGGUCGUUCUUGUAUCACUCCAUCUAUUUGGUAUGCCAUUAAUGUUUGGAGCAACAGUACCUUUACUCGCGCUAUGGGGGCGAAAUGGAGUGUCCACAUUGGGCCCACGUACGCAACUCGCAGCUGUGUUUUCUUUAUGUCUGAAAUUCGCGCUCUGCUUCGCAAUCAGGGUGUUUGUGUGCGCUUUAUCGGCAACAAUUCACUGCAGACAUCUAAUGAUAUGGGGAGUUUUCACGCCGAAACUGCUAUUCGAAAGCGGAGCUUGCGUAGCGGCUUUUCUUGGCACAAUAAUUGGUAUUAUUCUCACAGUCUGGCAUUUGCCAACACAACAACGCAAAAGUUGA